GUGGGGAAUGGAGGGUGAGAUUAUUCCCUUCAGUGCAGGUUUUAGUCAACGUCUGUUUGUGAUGAACGAGGUGGUGACCUGUGGAUUUUAAUCGCCGAGGAAGAGGAGAGCAUGGAUGGCACUGUGUCAAGGAGCUGCAAGCCUUGGUAGAUGCAAUCUUGAGGGAAGCCUUUGGGUGCAAAUGCAGGCACCGCUGCUGACUCACAGCAGUCUGACAGGAAAAGGCUCUCUUCUGCUCGUCUCUGGCUUCCUCCAGCCUGUGGUUAGGGAGGACUUUGUAUCUGUCUCCUUAGUUCUUUACUGUUACCAUAAGGACCAGCGUGACUCCGCAAAAGGAACUUGGAGUUCCUGUUUCGUUGCAGAUGUCAUUCAUUUAGCUGUGGAAGGCUUUAUCAGCCCUUGAGGAGGCUUUCCCCUGCACACAGCACUCAAGGCUGCAGCUGUAGUGGAGGAAAAUGGAGCCUGUAGAUCUUCUGGCACUUGCCUCCCUAGAAAUGAACAGUACCUCAGCCACCCUGGCUUUGCUGGCAGUGUUCCUGGUCCUGCUGUAUUGGUACUCCACAUCUGCAUUCUCCAAACUAAGCAGAGUAGGGAUCCGGCAUCCUCCACCUCUUCCUUUCAUUGGAAACCUGCUCUUUUUCCGUGAGGGUUUUUGGGAAAACCACACAAAACUCAUAAAAGAGUAUGGACCUGUUUGUGGGCUGUUAGGGAAUGAAACCUCUGUGAGAUUACAUGGACUGCAAAGCUGGGUGAUGGUGGUCGUGGUCAGCCAGGAUAGUUCCGACUCUUUGGGAUUCUCUAGGUAUUAUAUUGGUCGCCAGAUGUUUGUGGUGGUCUCCUCACCAGAGAUGAUUAAGCAAAUCUUAGUGGCAGAUUUUAGUAACUUCACCAACAGAGCUAAACCGAACUUGAUAUCCAAGCCAAUGCUUGAUAGCAUCCUUUGUCUUCGUGAUGACAGAUGGAAGUUUGUGCGGAGCCUCCUGACCCCAGCCUUCAGCGAUACCAAACUGAAAGAGAUGACACCACUGAUAAACCAGGCCUGUGACAUCCUGCUGUGUAACUUGAAAGUCUACGCAGAUUCCGGCAAAGCUUUUGAUAUCCAGAGGUGUUACAACUGCUUUACCUUGGAUGUUGUUGGUAGCGUGGCUUUUGGUAGUGAGGUGGAUUCGCAGAAGAAUCCUGAUGACCCCUUUGUUAAGAAUUGCAGAACAUUCUUUGAAAUGUCUUUGUUUAAGCCUCUUCUCAUUCUAAUCCUUUCUUUCCCAUUCAUAAUGAUCCCAUUGCUACGCAUUUUUCCCAACAAGAAACAAAAGGAACUUAAUGAAUUUUUUAUCCAAACUAUUAAAAAUGCAAUUGUCCACAGACACCAGCAAGAUGCAGCUCAGAGGCGCAGAGAUUUUCUCCAGUGGAUGCUCGACGCCUGUGACUCAGCCGACUCCCUGGCAGCCGGGUGCUCGGGUGUGCUCGGCCCAUCUGCUGCUCCCAGACAGAAUGAGGCGCCUCUGGUUGGCACAGCCCCAUCUGAAAAGGCUCAGAAGACGCUAACAGAGGAUGAGAUAGCAGGCCAAGCUUUCCUGUUCCUGAUCGCUGGCUACGAGACCACCACGAGCACACUGUCCUUUGCCACCUACUUGCUGGCCACCAACCCGGAGUGCCAGGAGAAGGUGCUGCGGGAGGUUGAUGAGUUCUCUGCAAAACACAUGGUUCCUGAUUACCAAAAUGUACAAGAACUCCCUUAUCUGGACAUGGUGAUUGCAGAGACGUUGCGCAUGUACCCACCUGCUUUCAGAUUCACUAGGGAAGCAGCUAAAGACUGUGUAGUGCUGGGGCAGCAUAUUCCAGCUGGAGCUGUCAUUGAAACUGCAGUUGGACACCUGCACCACAACCCUGAGUUCUGGCCAGAACCUGAGAAGUUCAUUCCUGAGAGGUUCACAGAGGAGGCCAAGAAGGAACGACAUCCCUUUGCAUACCUGCCCUUUGGGGCAGGACCCCGUGGCUGCAUUGGCAUGAAAAUGGGUUUGUUGGAGACAAAAAUGACUCUGCUGAGGAUUUUGCAGAAGUUUCAGUUCAAGACCUGCCCAGAGACUGAGAUUCCUUUGCAGCUCAAAUCAAAAGCCACACUUGGACCAAAAAAUGGAGUCUACAUCAUGCUGGAAUCUCGCUAAAAGGGAAUGUACAUCCUGAAGCUUUCUGGAAUGAGGCCCCUUGUUAGUGAGUCACUGGGUAUAAUUAUUUUUCACAACUCCCAGGACAGGUAGGAGCCUAAGUCCCACGGAUGGUCAGUAGGUGCUUCCUCACUGCUCUCCUGUGGGACAGCCUCCAGUCACUUUUUAAAAUGGUCUCCACAAUCUUUUUUGGAUGUUUUCAAAUUGCUGUGAACAGUAUCUACCAAGAAGCAUCCCACUUUUAUUUGCUUUUCUUCAUCACACUUUUUUUCAGUUAUCUGUAAGAAUGCUUUCCUCAUGCUCACUUUCCACAAUUUACAAUAGAUUUUAAUUUCAAUUCAUUGUCUGACACAUGCUUCUCAUGAACUUAUGAGUCCCUAGAGAAAGCCCCAAAGGCACCACAGUUACAGCAGAAGACCUGGGAUGCAGUGCAUUGGAUUUUUUCAUGAACUCCACUAACAAUCAAAGCUGAGGCCCCUGCACAAUGCUUAAUCUUUACCUGUGUCUGUAAAGCCAGAGAAGUUGCACCUCCUCCAUGCUUUGAAGUGAUUUUAAAUACACUUAGAUUAACAAUUUGCACUUGGCACAUUCCAUCGACAUGACAGAAGAAGAAUGAACCAGUAAAGUUCCAGCAGCUAAGACCAAAGAAAUGAGGUGACAGCCAUUUUUCUGGCUGCUGAACUGCUGUUGGAAAGGAGACAACGAAGAUACAAAUUUAAAGCAAGCAGGAGGACUGGAGGAAAUUUAGAGGUAAUCAGAAGGUGUUGGUACCACAUCUGCUUCAUGGGGAGGCCCUCCUUUCCAAACAUUGCAGUUGGCACCACCCCUGUCUAGACUGAAUCAAGGAAAUUAAGAGCAUGUAUAUGCACUAGAGCUGGUCAAAGGAGUGGGAUCCAGGAUCAUCAGACCCAGCAGCUCCCUUGACUCCUGUGAUACUCGAGCACGUCCCAGGUGCCUCACAUUCCCUCAGGAAGGAACUUGUCUGAUUGCCAGCUGCAGCAGCCCCAUGGAUCCAUUCAGGCUGUGUGACUGUGCCCAUGCAUCUUCACAGCCAAAACAACCGUAGCUUCCAUUCCUCACAUUCCCUCUGUCCUACACUUCUGCAAAUCCCUCACCUGCCACACAGCUAGUGUUGCACAAGAAGCUGGAAAGGGACACAUUUGGGCCAGCUGACCCCACUGAACACAGAGAUAUUCCAUACCUUAUGGCGCCAUGCUCAGCAUAUAAAACCAGGGGAAGAAGAAAGAAGGGGAACAUUCAAAGAGAUGGCAUUUGCCUUCCCAAGUCACUGUUAUGCCUGCUGGAGCUCUGCUUCCUGGGGUGGUUGGAACACCUGCCUGCACAUAGGAAAUGGUGAAUGAAUUCCUUGUUCGGUGUGUAGCUUUUGCUUUACCUAUUAAACUGUCUUUAUCUCAAUCCAUGAGUUUUUUCAUUCUUAAAAUUCUCUCCCCCAUCCCACUAUGGGGAUGUGAAUGAGCAGCUCUGAGGGGCUGAGCUGCUGGCUGGAGUUAAACCACAAUAACAGAACUGUGAGAAGAGAUUGGUGCAGUCCUGAGACCCUUUUUAAAAAUUCAUUUAUUCUUAUAUUUUUUGUUUAAAAUUUUUGUGUAUAACAAAAACUCUUGCGGCACUGUAAAAAUAAGGACACACCUUUGGUUCUUUGCAAGUCUUGACCUUCUGCCUGCUUGACAUAGUCUGCUUGAGGAUUCCUUAGGUACAUCAUCUCCCUUGGUGGUGUGCACAGAGAAGUGUUGCAGCAGCAGCAGGAAGAGACUGACUGCUCAGCUUCACUGCAAGGAUGGAGCCAUCUGCUCACUGAUCCCUGGCUAGGUCCCCGAGUUUCUCUCCAGCAAGCAUCUUUUGCUGCCUUCUUCCCACAUGCUGCCUGAACACUGAUCAAAUUACUGGAUCUUGUUCCUCAAAGACUGUCUCUUCCUCUUUCAUGUAAUUUUUUUUUUUAAACAGAUCUGUUUAGGCAACAGUGGUGAAGUACUGACUGGGGAAGUCUUGGAAUUAUUCCUUUUUCCAUGGAGCAUUCCUGGCAUGCUAAACAGAAGUGCCCUGUUACAGACACACUGAUUAUAUGAAUUGCUGAUGGAGUGAUUGCUAUUUAUUUGAAAAGCAACAUGCUGUUUUUACCUUAGUUUCUACACAUUAUGCAUAAUUUUUCCCCUCCUAUAAAGAGUGUGCUGGAGGCUGAUUUUCUGUGGAGCUUACACACACAGUUGACAAAAAGCUGGAUGGGUCUUGCCUAAAAACUUCCCACCUACCAGAAUGAGCAGGAAGUUUAUUCCAUCCGAAGUCAUCUGUCAAAGGCUUGUUUGUAUUCCUUACAUGAAUCAGAAAGUUGUCGGGUGCUUCAUUUUUGACAAAAUAAGCCAAGCCUAAAUCAAGCUUUUCCCUUUCUUACCCAUGAUUUUGUAUAAAUUUUUCUUCCCAGUCUCUGCCUCUGCAACUUGGGUGGAGUGGGUGAGCAGACUGAGGCAGAAGGCAUGGAGUACCUCAGCCUUCUUCAUGUUUUGGGUAACCAGAGCUCCUGUUUCCUUCUAGAGAGUGCCCACAUUUUCCCUAGUCUUCCUUUUAUCAGCCACAUACCAGCAGAAGCUUUUUUUUUUGUUACCCUUGACAUACCUGACCAGAUUUAUUUCUAUCAGGACUUGCUUUAUCUUUCCCAACCUGAUCCCUGACUGCUUAGACAAUUUCUCUGUAUUCCUCCCAGGCUACCUGGCCUUGCUUGCACCUUCUGUAGACUUCUUUUUCGUUUGCUCCUUACUCAUCCAUUAAGGUGUUCUGGUAUUUUUGCCUCACUUCCUCUUUGUUGGAAUGCAUGACUCCUGAUCUUGGAGGAAGUAAUAUUUGAAUUUUAACAGGCUUUAUUUGGUGCCUUGUCCUUCCCUUUAAUCCUGACCUGUAAGGUCUCAGUCAGCUCCUCAUCCAUCCCCAGGUGGAGCUCCAUGCACUACACCUGGUCAUUGACAGAGGGUGAUGCCCCCUUCUCAUCUCCUCUGUCCUUCCUCAAAAGCCUGUGUAUUUCCAUUCCAGCACUCCAGUCGCAGGAGCUAUCCCACCACGUCUGCGUGAGGCCAGUGAGAUCACAGACCUGCAGGAGUGUACAUCUCUAAUCUCAUUUUUUAUUCUGCAUGUUGCAUAUACUUGCAGAGAAGCAUUCGAAUUGGGCGGCAGUGGCUGGAAUUCCUUUGUGCUGCUCUUCAGGUGCUCUCCUGCUGAACUAUGAACCCUCUCCAGACUCUGUGUGUCUCUUGCUGGCACUGGCAUCAAACUGGUAUGACUGGGAUGCAUUGAGGUGCCUCUCCACCAACAUAAUUUCAAAUAUUGAUGCCACAGGAAGAAUAAACAAUCCUGAAGUGGCUGCCGGUGUGCAUCACAUUUUACAGGCUUGGAAAAUGAACCAAGGGUCUUUCUCAGCUGCAUCCACGUUGAACAUGGACAGUAUGUGUUCAAGUAAACUCACUUCAGUCUGUGUUAAGUGUCUUUCAACCAUUCUGCAAGCUUCUGGUUAGGAAGUGUAAUGUGUUUUCACCUGUCAGUUUGUAGCACUGUGGAACAGAGAACUUAUUUUUUCAUUUGAAGUCAGCUUUCUGGAAGUGCAUCAACCCUUGUUCUACAUGCAGGCUGAGACAGACAGCUGGAGAAGACACGAAAAAGCCUGCCAACUUCCCAGUAACCCAGGAAGAGCCCCAAGCCAUUUGUUCCUUCUCAUUAACAGUUGGUGAUACAGUCACCAGACACUGCAGAUAUUGCACCAGGACACUCAGUGGCGCUGGAACUCACCCUGGCUGUGUGAGCUCAGCAACACACCUGACAGAGUGAGCUGUGGCAGGGAUCAGUGAGCCUCUGGAAGCAUACAUUUCCAGGAAAACAAGGUACUAGAUUGCCAGCAGUUGUCCAAAACAGAAACUGCUAAUAUCACUGUAAUCACGGUGUGCUUGUGCACCUCUAUAUACAUGGUCCCAAACCGAUCUUGAGCAGGGCUGGUUUUAGAAUUAUUAAAAAAAAUUUAAAAAUCAAUAAAACAAACCACAAAAAGAAAACUACCAAAAACCCCUCCAGAACAAAAGCAAAACAGUAACAACAAAAACCCCAACCCCAGCACUAUGUUUAUAAUUGCAACAGCAAAACACAGCUUUAUAUCCUUAAGUAAGGAUAAUUUACCAUUCUGGUACAACAUGCUUCAGUCAGCAGCCGUUGGGUCUAGGGAGGAACAAGGAAGCUGGUUUAAAAUUCCUUUCCUCAGAAACAGCAAGUGUGUUGUCUUGCAUUGCUGAGCUGUGAGUUUGUUUAAAAUGAGGCACGUCUGUGUUACAAAAGGGUUUUAGUCAUUCUCUGACAGCUGAUACGAAGCAAAGGCUGCUUGGUAAAGGAAAGCUUCUAUUAAAUAUGUCUUCUGGUCUUUGUAAUGAUGACAGAAAGCUGUCAGUAUGAAAUGGUAUUUUUAAUGAAGCUGCUGAUAGAAAAAAAAGCUUUACAGUUUUAUACUUUAAAAAUAGUAUUCUUAGAAAAACAGAGUUGGGUGGCAGAAAUUAUUAUGCUUCAUGGAUUGUAAAUUGGAACUUUCUAGUCUUACCUGGCAUUAAACUGCAGAAUUUCCUCUCUGUGUGAGAUACUUCAGGCAAUGAUCAUUCCCCUUUGUUAAUCAUCCUGGACAUAGCUUCACCUGAUACCAGAUUCUUCCACAUGUUUACAGCAGAAACCAGGGUAAAAGAAUUUAAAGCUGAUUUAUUAACUGUCUGUCAAUGCUUGGUUUAUACUGGCCCCACUCACUUUCUUCUGACCCUGAAAAAUCUCAUGUUUCUAAGAUGUUUUUCUCCCUGCACUGCAGGGGCCCGUGGCUACUUUCAAGGAGGGAGUAUUCCCUCAGUUGCUACGAUUUCUGCAUGCAGAGAUGAAUUUGUGAUGGGCCUGAAGCAAGAAGUACAAUGGAGCUAUGGAGGCCAUGAAGCCUAUCCCGUGGACAAACAGGGAAGCACCAGUUGUGCUGCCCAUGUAACAGCCAUCCCACCCGGAUCUUCUGCUGGAUGUACUCCAAGUUAAGCAGCAUUUCUGCAACUCCCACUUGCCCUUUGGCCCCAAGGCAGCCCUGGGCACUGGUUUCUAGAAGCAAAGCUCAUUCUCCAAGCCCAGCAGCACUGAGCACACCACAGUACCUGGUAUCUGCCAUCCACCCAAGUUCCUCUCACCCACCAGCCCCUACUUUGCCAGGCUGCAGGUAUCCAAACCGGAUACUGCCACUUUCUUAGACAGGAUUUUGGCACCCACAUAUCAUAUAAAAUCCAGUCAGAAAAUCAAGACAAACCUGGCUCCAGGUAAGCCUCAUUAAAGGGUGCAGUGAACUGCCUUUGGCUGGCUGCCAGGCCCCUCUCCAGCACAGCAGGUGGAGGAUCAGGGUUCAUAAACCCCCAUGCUCCACACCCCACUGCUGGCACAGCAAAGCUGUUUGGCUUCUGCUGGCUGUGCCGUCUGUCUUGCCAGGAUGGACCUGUUACUGAAAAAGGAAACAACCUUCACAGCUUAUCUUUCUUCUCACAUGGUGUGGGAGUGAGUGACAGAUUAUUGCACUCUUCCUGCUCAGUUGCUUGUCUUAAGUAGCCAAAAGAGAUACUCCUCACUCAGAAAAGAGGAUCAAUAUUCCUUUUCCCUAAAGUUUGGAUUUAAUGCAAACAUCUCUUUAAUGUGUUCAUUUCCAAAUGCAACCCAAACAGCUGUAGAACUCCUACUGCUUAACAACAACCUCUAAACUCACAAGUGUAUUGAAACAUUGUGAUUUCAGUAUUGAAAGAGAGAAAACCCCCAGAAGGAAUUUACUGGUUUGAGUAUCUGUUUAUUUACCAUACACAAGAAUGUUAGCCCUGCAGUUUUAAAAGUGGAAAACAUGGCAACUUUUCUUUUCUGUGAUAAUGGAGAAAUAACAGACUACAAAGUAAAACAACCAGGCAUUUUAUUCUCUGUUUUACUUACACACACAUACAAGAAUCGAAUCAAGUUAGAGGUUUUAAAAAUACAAUAAAAAAGUCAAUAAAAAUA